GUUAGAGUCAAGCUAUUUAGACGUUUACUCAAUUCUAUCCGACAGUUUCAGCUUUAAUCAGAGUAAUUGAAAAUGAAGAAGGUCCGCAACCCACAAAUCAAAACGAACGAUUCUUUUACGUGGUUAAUUCGAAGUUGGGAGCUAACUGGCAUGAAGCUGUUGUAUCCGUAUAAAUUCUUAAAUCUGUUACACAUGGUUUUCAGCUGGAUUGUGAUCUCACUAAGUCCGAUAUCGAUUGGUAUUGGUGUAAUAAAAGCCAUGGACGAUACAUCGAUGACUGCAACAUUGACCAAUUUCCAAGCAUCGCUUAAUGUUCUAUUAUUACCAUUCAAGGCGCUAGUAAUUGCCAUAAACUUUAAGCGUUUGCGUAGUGUCGAAGAGAUUUUCGAGAAUUUGGAUAAAUUCUAUGUAAGAGAAGAGGAACGCUUGGAAAUCAAAGAUUGCGAAAAGGCUUGCAGAAGUCUAUUUUUUACAUUCUCUAUUUUCUAUGCCAUGUACGGCGCAAUCAGUUGGUUAGUUUCGUUCUUUGCGCUCAACCAAGAAACAUUUUGGUUUCCUUUUAUCGAUUGGAUACCGUAUCAGCCCCUACGACACUGUUUGCAGUUUUUUUUCGAUGUGGUUAUUAUACAUUUCUUACUGCAAACCAAUGUGACGAGUGAUACCUUUCCGGCGACUUAUAUACGUGCCUUACGCACCCACAUUAAGCUGUUGACGGGCCGCGUCAGUCGUUUAGGCACAAACUCCGACUUUAAUGACGAGCAGAAUUUUCGGGAAUUAGUCGCUUGUAUAGCAUCACAUCAGCAGAUAUUGCAGGUGGCGGAUAUCGUUGGUUCGAUUCUCUCGCUGACCAUUUUUCUGCAACUCACAUUCGCCGCGGCCAUUUUAUGCGUUUGCAUGCUUAACAUAUUCAUAUUCGCCGAUCCGAUUCAUAAGGUUAUCACGAUUGUAUACUAUCUGGUUGUUUUGAUGCAAACUGUACCCAGCUGCUAUCAGGCAUCAAUGCUCGAGGCGGACUGCGCUAAGUUGCCGGACGCGAUCUUUCAUUGCAAUUGGCUGGAUAGGGAUAAACGCUUUCGCAAGCUCAUCAUCUAUUUCCUGCAUCGCGCACAGAGGGAAAUAACAUUCACUGGAAUUAAACUAUUUAGAAUCAAUUUGAGCACCAAUUUAUCGAUUGCCAAAUUCUCGUUUACACUGUACACAUUCAUAAAUGAAAUGGGAUUUGGGAAAGACUUGAAGGAACGCUUCGAAUAGUUAUUACUGGAUAGUUGAAUUCACAAUAUUUCCUCUCACUUAUUGAAUAUAUUCUUAUCACUUAAAUGCAACACUUAAGUAGUUCAAAUAAUAUAGACAAAAGCUUUUAUAAUAGUUUAGAUGGUUUUUAUGAAAGAAUUUUUAAAUUACUGUUUCUUAGAGGUAUCGGAAUGAAUAUUUUAUGUAGAGAGAAAUUUCGAAAUAAUAAAUCCUUAAAACUUAUUAUACUUGUAUGUUAUACCAUAAAUACAUUUUCUUCGUCAUAAUAAAAAGAGGUGUCUUAGCAAUACAAAGAAAACUACUCACGUUUUGGUCGAAUCGAACAGUCAGCCUUUCAAAUUUCAGCAUUUCAAUAUACAAAAAUGUAAGGUGUGGAACUUUGAAUCAAUUCCAAAUUUAUUGUUUUUCAACACAUACAUAUAAAUAAUUGAUCAGGGUGAUGAGACGAGUUGAAAUCCGAGUGACUGUCGGGCAAAAAAGUUCUUACUACGAAUGAACGCAAUCGGACGCAGCCACCCCAUUAAAGUUAACCCUUAUGUUAAAGGUUCCAGGGUACCCACCGCGGUAUAUUGUAUGAAUAGCUUAAAGUAAAUUCAACAUUUCAGUUUAAACUCCCAAAUUGUUGUUUUUAACAUGAAGGAAAACUAGUUGUGAAUGCAUUUAACUAAUUUAUUUUUUAUUCUUUGUUUUUAAUAAGUUUAAAAUUUCGC